GAGGAGAGGCUUCACUCCUCACACUUUCACUUCAGCUCCAGCAGCACUUGCUACUUUCUUUGAAAGCUCAUCAAACCAUUGGAGUUGAUCUUUGCAUUUCUUAUUGAUUUUUUUCCACUAGCAAACAAGUUAUGGCAUUUUUACCCAAAGUCCUUCCUCUGCUGCUCCUCGCGGUAGUGUGUAUUCAGCUGAGUGGAGUUCUAGCUGACGUACGGGACAGAUGCUGGUGUGUGGAAAGUUUGAAGAAAGGUCUCCGAAAGGACACUAUUGAAGAGUUCUCCAUUUUACCCAUUAGGCCAUACUGCGACAAAGUAGAAAUCAUACUGAAACUAAAACAAGCGAAUAAUUCAAGUAAAGUCAUCGAGCGCUGCUUGGAUCCAAACACAUUGCAAGGAAAGAACCUGCAGUCUUGCUGGAAGAGAGAGAACACCAAUAACACAGACACUUUUAAGAUGUCGAAUUGCCCAAUGACACAAAAAGCAUAAAGCCAGAAAUGAAAGUACGGAAGAGCAAGGGAGAACAGAACGGGGGAUUUGGAAACUCCAGAGACCCUGCAAGUGGAAUUCCAUCCGGUCACAUGACCCGGCACUGCCCAAUCCUGGGAUUUGAGAGCUGACCUCAUGCAGUUAAUGGGAAAUCACAGAAGAGCAGAAAACAGCCGGCUGCCAGUAACCGCAGACGCAGAUGUUGUCGACAAAAGCGGUUUUGUUAUAGAAUUCACUUGACUGAAACACUGAAUGUAACAUUACUCCAAGCAGUAUUUAAACUAUAUUUAAAUGGUUUUAUCAUGAUGAGCUUAUUUAUAUUAUUGUACAAUGUUUAAUAUUAAAAUGUGCAGUUGUUACUAAGGAACUA